AUGGCCGAGCCCGAGCAUCCGCCGCAGGAAGGCAGCGGAAGGAGUAAGAAAAAGAACAAGAAGAAUCGUUCCAAGAAGCAACCGAAGCGAGCCGCCGCCGCCGCUGACACCGACGGGUUCUCCUCAGGCGCCAGCACCGUGGCUGAGGACCCCUUCCUCGUCCUUGCCGGCGGAAAGGAAGGAGGGUUUCUGGAUUUGGAGGAGAUCGAUGAGGCAGACUUCGGCAUCUUCGGAAGCGUCUUGGAUGACGUAGGACAGGGCGUCGAGGAAGCAGGGAAGGAUCAUGGGAAGAAGAAUAAGAAGAAGAAAACGAAGAAGCGGAAGCGUGGGGGUGAUGACGAGGGCUUCAAUGCCCACGGUGCUUUGGUAGUUGAGAAUGAGCAGGUGGAUGGCGAGAAAGCGGAGAAAAAGGUCGAGGAUGGGGAGAAAGGGGAGAAGAAGGGAAAGAAAAAGAGGAACAGGAAGAAGAGGAAGGUGAAGGAUAAUGAGACAAGCAGGGAGAGUGAUGAGGAUGUCACUAGUGACAAUGCAGAAGACAUGCAAGAUGACACUGAGAAUGUGGAACAAGAUAAGGAUGAUGAGCUGAUUUUGGGCGAGGAUGAUGUUUCUGCAUGGCGUGAGCUUAGGCUGCACCCUCUGCUUCUCAAGACGAUGCGCAUACUUGGAUUCAAAGAGCCAACACCUAUACAAAAGUCUUGCUUUCCUGCAGCAGCUCAUCAAGGCAAGGAUGUUAUCGGUGCAGCAGAGACAGGUUCUGGAAAGACACUUGCUUUUGGCCUCCCAAUUUUGCAACGUCUCCUUGAAGAGCGAGAAAAGGCCGCAAGAUUGCACCAGGAAGGCAAGAAAAUGGAUGAACGUUCUGGUGGAAGCCCUCUUCGUGGUCUUAUUCUGACACCCACCAGGGAGCUUGCCAAACAGGUAUGCGAUCAUCUAAAAGAUGCGGCCAAGUUCUUAGGAAUCCAUGUUGUUCCAAUUGUUGGUGGUCUAUCCAUGGAAAAGCAAGAGCGGCUUUUGAAAAAGAAGCCUGAAAUUGUUGUUGGAACUCCUGGAAGAUUGUGGGAGCACAUGUCAAUGAACAAUCAACACCUAGUUGAGCUGCAUUCAUUGUCAUUCUUCGUCUUGGAUGAGGCUGAUAGAAUGAUUGAACGAGGCCAUUUCCGUGAAUUACAAUCUAUCAUUGAGAUGCUUCCACUGGCCAAUGGUUCUGAUGAACAAGCUGCGAAAAACCAUGCCAAACUGUGCAGUGAAGAGGAUAAGGAUGCCUAUCUGUAUUAUAUAUUGAGUGUUCACGGGCAAGGUCGCACAAUAAUAUUUUGUACAUCAAUCGCUGCAUUACGUCACAUUUCUUCUAUAUUGCGCAUUCUUGGAAUUAAUGUAUUGACAAACCAUGCUCAAAUGCAACAAAGAGCUCGCAUGAAGGCCGUGGAUCGCUUCCGUGGAAGUGAAAAUUCCAUUUUGGUCGCAACUGAUGGUUUUGCAAGGGGUAUGGAUUUUGAUGAUGUCCGAACAGUUAUCCAUUAUCAGUUGCCACACUCAACUGAUGUUUAUAUCCACAGAAGUGGAAGGACAGCACGUAAGUCAUUGGCUGGCUGCAGCAUUGCGUUAAUCUCUCCUACUGACAAGUCCAAGUUUUAUUCUCUUUACAAGUCUUUGUCAAAGGCUGGUGUCUCACCCUUACUUCAGAAGCAACUAGAAGAGUUGGCCAAGAGAAAUGCAAGCAACAAUAGCUGCAAGAGUGAGAAUAAAGGAUCUGGGUUUGUUGUUAUUGGUCAGGAUCGUGUUGAACCCUUGCAAGCACUUCAAAAUUCUGGGCAAGAGGUCUGUGUGAACAUAGACAAACAAAGAGAAAAGCGAAGAGUCGCUGAGAACUGGAGGCGGAAGAAGCAUGAAGAAAAGAAACGUACACGAGAGCAGAAGCGAAAGGAUAAGAGAAAAGCUAAAGAGAUGGCUUGA